AAAGGAGAGGCCAAAGAGAGUUGGAGGGUUUCAUGACAUUUAUCUUUUGAUAGGCAGAAAGGAGAGGCCAAAGAGGGUCAACAAGAGGUUGAGUGGGGAAAGAUUAGUUGUGUCUAAGAUGGCGGGAUAUGAACGGAUGACUGUGACUUCAGAUGUGAAAUCAGGAAACAUGGUUUUCGAGCCUAUUCUAGAGGAAGGGGUCUUGAGGUUUGACUGUUCUGCGGAUGAUAGAAAUGUGGCUUUGCCUAGUCUUUCUUUUGUUAACCCUAAAGAUAGAGAGACACCAAUUAUGACUACCGACAAAGCUCCAUCAUUCACUCCUACUUUUGAGUGUGUGCUUGGACAACAAAUUGUUAAUCUUCAGGUCAGUUAG